ACAGUUUUCGUAAGUAUUUUCAAUGGUGAACUAUAUUUUGUGAAAGUACGGCGACAAUGUUGUGUGGAUUUUGUGUAAAUAAUGCAAAUAAUUUGUUGCGCGGCGCCGGCACUUUUGACAAAUUGCUAUUUUUCUAUCGUUAUCUUUCAAGGCGGAUUUAAAAUCAAGUUCACAUUUUCUAUUCUACAUUACAGCUAGUGCAUUGUAGUAUAGGUGUAAGAACUGUUUUGUGAUAUUUUAAUUGAAGUGCAUAGGAUCGAAGAUAAAAUGUCCCAAGAUGUCCCUUAGUGAAGCCACAUGUCCAAAUAGCCACACGGGGGAUCAAAUGGUUGCUAUCUCGUGUCAAGCUUAAGUUCAAUGUCUUAUUAUUUUUCUCUGAUAUAAAAUGACAUUUCAUACUUAGGGUGCAGUGCACUUUCUUUGUGCUUUCAUUCCAUAGAAAGGGUUGAAUCAAUCUGCUGUCGGUAGGUGGGGUUAGGUCGUGAAAUUUUUCAUAAACAUAUGUAUAGUGAUUCACAACUGUCGCGUCCCUUGCCAUUUUUUCCUUUUGCAUUACAUAUCACUCCUGACCGUAGUUAAUCAGUACACCACCAAAAUGGGAGAUAUCGAGGACACACAUUUCGAGACUGGGGACUCCGGGGCUUCGGCUACCUUCCCAAUGCAAUGUUCUGCUUUGCGCAAGAACGGCUUCGUCAUGCUCAAGGGUCGCCCGUGCAAGAUUGUCGAGAUGUCCACUUCUAAGACUGGCAAGCACGGACACGCUAAGGUUCACUUGGUUGGCAUAGACAUAUUUAACGGAAAAAAAUACGAAGAUAUCUGCCCCUCCACCCACAACAUGGACGUUCCCCACGUGAAGCGUGAAGACUACCAACUCACGGACAUAUCUGACGACGGCUACCUGACCCUGAUGGCUGACAACGGUGACCUCCGUGAAGACCUGAAGAUCCCUGAUGGUGACCUUGGCACCCAGCUCCGCUCCGACUUUGACAGCGGCAAGGAGUUAUUGUGCACCGUUUUGAAAUCUUGCGGCGAGGAGUGUGUGAUCGCGGUGAAGGCAAACACGGCUCUUGACAAAUAAACCAACACAGCAUUUAUAGGGAUAUAACAAGCAUAUAAUUUUUUUACAAUCAACAACUCUUACAUAAAUGUAAAACAUAAUAUUAUGUCUAAUUUAACGUAAAAUAUCGUGGUUUGGCGCGGAGCUCGCGAUAACAUGUCGGGUAUACAUCAGCAAUAAUCUCAAGGCGCGAUGUUUCUCAAGGAUCGAGCUAGAGACGUGUAACUUGUAAUGUAGCCGUAAGGGUCUCUAGUCCUAGUACUAAAAAUUUGUUCGGGCGGUCCUCGAUCCACGGGCGAGUGCCAAAUUUUAGAUUUUUAGUAAAAGGAACCGCCGUUCGACCGAACUCGGUAUGGUUAUUGCAUACAAUGAAAUAAGUAUCUAUGAAAUAGUUUGCUCAUAAGCAAUCGUACAUUAAUUUAUUUUGAUAAGUGUAAUAGUGUACCCACUGGGGCGCGGAUCGCCCUAGUGCAGCGACGCGAGCGCCGACGCUAGCCGGGACUUUUGUUUUGUUUGUUCUCUUUUCGCUUACAUAACGUCUACACAACGUUACGUUACGCUCCGCGAGCCGCCGAAACUUUGUUGAUCGACAUCGGUGUGUAAAUUCCUUGUGGUGGAUAUUAAAUGUUUUAUAGUGGUUUAUUAAUCCGACGAAAAGAUGGACGCAAACUGAAGUUAUUACCAUAUUUUAAUGCUAAAUUAAUUAAUACAUAUAAAAAUCAAGAAAACAAACAAAAAAAUAGAAAUAAAGGAAAAUUCUUGAAUGUGGUGUGUGAUUGAUUAGUCCUGUUUCGGAGUCGUGUCAUCAGUUUGAUGCGCUUCUCGGCGUUUGCGCGGCGUCCUCCCUUCGGUGUAACACUUGCCAUCUGUUCAAAUACACGACCGGAAUACUAAAUAGUUCUACCGCUACCAUAACUAAGACUGAUAACAUGUCAUUUUGAGAAAUAUCUUCAGUCAAGACUGAAAAUGCAUUUUGUAGAAGAAAUAGCACGUUUUAUACUAAUAUUUGGCUCGUCUCGGCCUUUCCUUGCUCUCUUUAUUUGGAUAUUUGAACACAUGAAAUGUUACACGUAAUCGAGUGGCUUAAGAUUGCCUAAAUUCCAUGUUUGUAAGUAUAGUGAUUGUUGUCGGCACUGUAACAGCAAGUGUUGCCUUUCAGAGGGACUAGAUAGGGUAUCGUUCACUUGUAUGUCCAUGGACCUAUCAUUUUUAACAUCAAAUUGUCAAAGACGAUAUGAUUAUACGAAAUUUAAUGUAAGAAUGUAAGGUAAGGCCCUAUAGGAGAAAUAUUUUUUUAUGCAUUCAAAAUUCGUACAUCGCAGGUUGUAGAAAGUUUGGGCUGUUUAUAAUGGAUGACGAUUACGUUGUCUGUCUGUACAUUUUUUUUUCUCGGAAAUUGCAUAAUCGUUAUUGUUGGACAAGUUUUUAUACUUAGCAGCUUGUAAUCAGGUUUUUAUUUUAUAAAAAAAAAGAAACCUAAGGUAUAAUGUAAAGACAUCGCGAGGUGUAAAAUAAAAUACUUAGUAAAAAAAAAUUAAAACUUUUCUUUCGGUCGCGAGACCCAAAUCGAUGUAAUCCUUCCUUGGAGCUAAUCUUUUGUAAUAUCCAAGACAUGGAAUAACGUGCGCAUUAAAUGUGAAGUAACUUUUAUUCGUACCCUUAGAAUUGUUGGUGCACCCGUAAGUUUUAUCAUUAGAAAUUGAUUUCUCUUGCACACAUGGUCUGUCCGCUUACUUUGACUUCGACGGCCAUUGUAUAACGAGCCAUAUUGAGCUAUAUUAUAAUGAAGCGUAUCAUCUCAUAUUGUCAACUUCUCAAAAUAUUAAUUAGAAAUCGGCCACUCUUUAAUAACUUUUCGAAAUAUUUUAAUCACAGUUCCCUUACAGACCUAUAUUAUGUUAAUACUUCGUAAUUUCUACUUCGAAUUGUUUAAUUAAAAGAUAAAUGUAUUAUUUCGCAUAACAUAUCAUUUAUUCAGUUUGAUUUUAUUGAAGUUCGAAUAAAAGAUUAUUUUUGUGGUGCCACAUCUCAAAAAUUAAUUACCGUAAUUCUUUUUAUAUCGUGAAAUUAUAAGUUUAGAAGAUUUUGCAUUAUACCAAUUGUAACAUACAAAAGUUGACAACCUUAAGAAGUAGACUAUUCGCGUCGAAAUUUUCAUUUUGAGAAGCUCACAAAACGACCUGAUAUGUACCAAAGGACCAUAAACACAUCAGCACAUUUCUUAGGAAAAUUAGUUUGUGUUGGUUAAGAUUAGCUCGGCAAAUUAACUCGUGUAAUUAUCAUCGAAGCUUUUGUUGUAAAGUACGAGACCUUGUGGUUCAAGAGAUUGGGACAUUAUUGACUUUAAAAUGUGCGGAUUUGUUUAGGAAACUUAAAAUUAUUUUUUAUAUUCGGGCAUAUGUCAGAAAAAUAUGCAACGGUUUAGUACUAACCUGUAUAUACGUAAGAUUGGAACAUCUAUGGAUUCUUGUAAUAUCCUACAUUCUUGCAGAUUUGCUCUCAAUAUUGUCAAUGUGCAAAUAUUCCUACCGAAUUUAAUAGAACAUUGCCAAUGAAUAAAUGUACAUGCAGUAAUAAGUAUUUAACAGUCAGACGAAUUAAAUCUGUACAAAAGGA